AAAAAAAAAAAAAAAAAAAAAAAAAGACUGCGCGCAAGGUAAGGAGCGGGAGACUGAGGCAGGAAGGUUGGAGCUGGCCAGGGGCCACCCGCCAAAUGUCACCCGGGGGUGCGCGUGGGCGGGGGCAAAGCUUCAGCGCUUGGCUGGCGGUUGGUCCUGCGCUGGCGGUUGGUCCUGCUCGCGGCUAGCAGGACCCCCUAGGUCUCGAGGGACGGAUUCUAAACCACUGCACGUUGCCCAGGAGACCCCAGUGAUGGCACUGUGGACUCGCCUGUAUGGCCGCGUCCUGGAAAGCUCUAGGGUGAUGCCCACCAUCAGUGAAGAAGGCCCUUCAGGAGGAAGUGAAAACCAUGGAUCUGGCUGCCCUUCACAACCAGAUGCAGAUUCCCAUUUUGAACAGCACAUGAUGUCCAUGCUAGAAGAAACAGACAUUGCUCAGAGCACACUGAUAGAGACUCAAGAAACAUUGGCGUUGACCCAGGGGAAAUUACUCGAGGUUGGUCAUGAGAGAGAUUCGUUGCAGAGACAACUCAAUACUGCGCUUCCACAGGAGUUUUCAACGCUUGCAAAAGAGCUCAACAUUUGCAGGGAACAGCUGCUUGAGAAGGAAAAAGAAAUUGCUGAACUCAAAGCAGAAAGGAACAACAUGAGGCUGUUCCUGGAACAUCUGGAGUUCCUUGUCUCCAGGCAUGAACGCUCUCUCGAAACGACUGUGAUGAAGCGGCAGGCGCGGUGUCCUGCAGAUGUGUCCACAGAGAUGGAAGUGCUAAAAGCACUGACAUUCUUAUUUGACCACCACAAGACCCUGGACAAAGAGGUGCGAGAGCAAUUACGUGUAGCACUGCAAAGGUGCAGCUUGCUGGAAGAGGAACUGGGCGCCACGCACAAGGAGCUAAUGACUCUUAAAAAACAGAAUAAUGAGAAAAAAUCACCAAGAGAUGGAGUGCUUGACCAUGAACAAGAAGAAACACCAAGCACUAAUGGAAAGUUGCUAGCUUGCAGAGAAGAAGAACGAGAUGACAAGACAACGAUAAAAUGUGGAACUUCCCCUCUCUCCUCUCCGAAGUCCCUUCAGCUAGACAGGCUGCACACAGGGGCGUUGCAAAUAGUCAGCCACGAGGACAUCAGGGACAUGCAAAAAUCAAAAAGUGCCCAGGAUGGUCCUGUGAGCAAUCCCAGUAGCAGUGACAGCAGGCAGGACUCGCCCCACAAAGCCCCAAAGAAGAAGGGCAUCAAGUCCUCCAUUGGUCGUUUGUUUGGCAAAAAGGAAAAGGGUCGGCCUGGACAAACUGGCAAAGAAUCACCAGGACAAGAAACCUCAUCUCAGGAUGCGUUCCGACUUAGCAAAUUGGGAGGAAAGGCUGAAAAAAAUCAAAAAUUUUGGGGGCUUUUCUUCUCUUUUGUAGCCGUUGUUUCUGAAACGGAAAACUCAUCUCAGGAUGCCUUCCAACUUAGCAAAUUGGGAGGAAAGGAUGAAAAAAAUCAUCAACUUCAAAAAAAGCCUGAGUUGCUGGAGGAAGCCCAGAGGCAAGGCUUACCAUUUUCACAGUGGGACGGGCCAACCGUGGUUGAAUGGCUGGAGCUCUGGGUUGGGAUGCCUGCUUGCUAUGUGGCUGCCUGCAGAGCAAAUGUGAAAAGUGGGGCCAUCAUGUCAGCUCUGUCAGACAGACAGAUCCAGCAAGAGAUUGGCAUCAGCCACCCUCUGCACAGACUGAAGCUGCGGCUGGCCAUCCAGGAAACCCUGUGGCUCACCAGCCCUUCGGCUCCACCCACAUUGAAAAAGACCACAGGAAAUGUCUGGUUAACACAUGAAGAGAUGGAAACACUCGCAGCCACAUCUCAGAUGGAAGAUGAGGAGGGAAGCUGGAUUCAGACACUUGCAUAUGGGGACAUGGACCACGAGUGGAUUGGCAAUGAGUGGCUGCCCAGCCUGGGCCUACCUCAGUACCGAAGCUAUUUCAUGGAGUGCCUUGUGGAUGCUCGGAUGCUGGACCACCUGACCAGGAAAGACCUGCGGGGGCGGCUGAAAAUGGUUGACAGUUUUCACAGGAAGAGCUUCCAGUGUGGACUUAUGUGCCUGAAAAGGUUAAAUUAUGAUCGUAAAGAACUGGAAAGAAGAAGAGAAGAAAGUCAGCAUGUAGUUAAAGAUGUGCUUGUUUGGAGCAAUGAUCGAGUGAUUCGCUGGGUCAUAUCCAUUGGCCUUAAAGAAUUUGCAAACAACCUCAUAGAGAGUGGGGUUCAUGGCGCACAGCUGGCCUUAGAUGAAGCCUUCGAUUACAACACAUUGGCCCUGUUGUUACAGAUCCCGACAGAGAACAGAAAGGCUCGAAAUGUCUUGGACAAAGAAUUUGCCGACCUUUUGGUCCUUGGGACUGUCAGACGUUUUGAUGUUGAGCAUGACAAACACUUUAGGAGAGCACCUUCAUGGAGAGAGAAGGUUAGAGAAAAGGCCAUUCAUGGCGUGGCAACUGGGUCAUCAGAGACACUCCCUGCAAACUUCCGAGUCUCUUCUUCCAAGUCUUCCCACUCUGUGCAGCCCAAUGAGAUCCAGAUGGAUGUGUUAUCUUUCCAUAUACUUACCUUGUGCCACCUGAAGAGGGACAGGGAAGAAGGCAGAAGCCUUGUGGAGACCGCUAGGGCAGCCCUGCUGCCUUCUCAGUGAGAGAUGGCAAGGCAUUGACCUUUCCAGUGCAGUCGGGAUGGCCCUUAUGUAACUGCUGACUGAAGAGUGCAGUUGGCUGAGAGGAGACCUUGAGUCCCUGACAGUCCUGCCCACCUAGUAAAAGGCACUGAUAGGGUCCUGAGAGAGCCCACAUCCACAUCCAGCUCUUGUGGUAGCAGGGACAUGACCUUGAGCAAGUCAUGCAGCUGUGCUGUGCCUCAGUUUCCAUAUCUGUAACUUGGGCAUCAUAGUAAUGUGAUUUUGAUGCUUCAAUGUGUCAUGUGGGUGAAGCUGAUGGAGUCCUGAGCCUCGUGCAUUGCUGACAAUCUCAGUGUUAGGUGGAGACUUCAUUCCUUCUCAUUCCUGAUGUACAUGGUUGUGCUGUAUAAACUGUACCAGUGGGGUUGUUACAAGUUUCCUGUUGUUAGCCCCCUGUGUAGGUAGUUUUCCUUUUUUCUCUUUCUUGCCUGUAUGAAAAUCAGAGAAAAAUACAUUUAUAUAAACUUUUUAAAGCUGAACACUUUCCAGUGUGUCUUUUAACUAGUAAGUUCUUAAGAAUUAACACUUUCUCCCUCAAGGUGUCUUACAAAUGUUGGCAAGGCAUGGAAGUGCAUGCCUGUAAUUCCAGUACUUGGGAGGCUCAGGCAGGAAAAUCAUGAAUCUGAGAUGUAUGUGAAUCAUAAAUCCAGGUUAAGGCUAUACUGAGCUUCAUAGGAAGACCUUGUAUCAUAAAUAAAAUAGAUAAGUAAGUAAGCUGUGACGGGCCUUGAGCUUAAUUUCCAUUGGCUUACUAAAUAGUCUAAAUGAGUACUCUGUUGUUUUCCCUGUACCUUCAAUUUCUGUUUCACUAUAAGAAUCACAUUUUCUCUCUGAACAUUGCAAGCAAUAUUAACAUAGCUGGGUGUGGAGAUCACCUGUAAUCCCGGCACUGGGGAAGCUAAGGCAGGAAGGUUGCUGAGAGCUCAGUACCAGCCUCGAAUUCACAGGGAUUGUAGGGCCAGUGUGAACUACACAGGGAGACCUUGUUUCAACAAAACAAAACAAAAAUAAAGGGUAGUAUUAAUGAG